AAAGAGGACAAGGGUGAAGGCCGAACUGGCAUCGCGAUCAGAGGAAGACCAAACUGCUAAGACCGAAGGGCGUAGCGAGCGACGAGCUGGUGACUCUCCGUCUCCAGCCUCCUUCCAGGCUCCCCUUCAGCCUCCACCUUUCCUGAAUUCUGAGUCGUUGCGGCGGUGCGGCCUUUGGACGGCUGCGGUUCUUCACUUCUUCCCAUCGACAAUCGGAUCCACUCAUCCAGGGCUGACUCCACUACUCCGGGUUCAGAGAAUGGGCAAUUUAUUUGUUGGAACCAAUCAAGAAGCAUCAAUGGAGGAGAUAAUGGAAGGAGUCAUCAACAACAACGUUAACGCCGGUGAACUUCAUAAGAAGAAUCGCAUUCAGGUCUCCAGUUCCAAGAAGCCUUUGUUCUUCCAUGCCACACAAUGGCAGCCACAAAUGACUUUGCUAACAAAUGCCUAAAAACACAGAAAACAAAAUGUCUUUUGCUAACUAUUAGAAGUUGGCUUUGGCGGUUAAGCAAAAGAAGUGGUUACGUACACUUUGAGAAAAAAGGCCUAAUUUUUGGUGUUGCAUAUGGCCCUCGUUUUCUCGGGACCUGCCCUGCUCAUCGCAAACGCUCGCUCGAUCGUUCCCCUUGAUCUUUUGCACUGUCCGUCUUAAGAUUUGAUUGCCUAAAAAAAUUUAGCUUCAAUUUAUUUUAUUAGCAUAUCUGAGUGUCAAAAAUAAAAUCUC